AUGUUUGCCGUGCUGGGCGAAGCGGAAGAUGGCAUCAAUCACCCCUCGCCCUCCACUUCUACACGCGUCACACAAGACAGCAAGGACGGUGGCAAGAGCGCCAUGGGCAAGAAGAAGAAGAGGCGAAGAGACAACGAUUACCGCAGCGUAGUAGAGGACAAUUGCAAAAGAAUCGAACAAUUCACAAACGCCAAAGAUGGCGCCAAGAAUGGGAACGAGCUUUUCCUGGGCGGCAAUCUGAACACGCUCGAGAAGAGACUGUUGGGCGACUUCGCCAGGGGCCUGGGGCUGAACGCGGUCGAUGGCGGACCACCCAAGCACACGCUGCGCAUCUCCAAGCCGGCGGACUGGGCACAGCGAAGGGAGAAGAUGGAGGAGGAUGAGAAGAGGGCACGCAAAGCGCGAGGAGGCCGAGCCGCCAAGCCCUUCACCGCCGCCACCCUGCCCGUCACUCUGCGCAACAGGUUCUGCAUCGACUUUACUGUGCCGAUGCCGGUGCUGGAGUCGCCCUAUUUCGAGUACUUCUGUAGCCUCUACGAGCCCGUGCUCCACUCACAAACCAACCUGGACCUCUUCCUCGAGGCUGUCAACUCUCAAGGCAGCGUGGCCAAGUGGAAGAACUACACGGGCGAGCUGGUGCAGCGCAUCAUCGAUGACGUCACCGGCACAGAGGCCUACAAGACCUUUGCCGCCGACAACCUGUCCCGGUUUGACAUCAAAGACCCGGCUCCCGAGCGUGCUGCUACGGAGAACCUCUACAAAAUCGAGAACUCGGGCAAGUACUACGUCUCCCUGGACUUCACCUCGGCCAACUUCAACGCUCUUCGCUACUACGACCCUCGUCUUGUCUUUGAGACCAAGAACUGGGUGGAAUUCUUGAGUCGCUACACGAGCUAUCAGGCGCUGCUCAACAGCAAGCGAUUCCGGGCUGCGGCGCUGGGCAAGAUCAACCAUCAGGCGCAGUCGAAGAUCUACCACGCGCUCAACCACCGAAUCUACACUCUGCUGAUGAGCCACAACGUCGUAAGUCCUGACCAGAUAGCGUGCAAGUAUACCGACGAGAUAGUGAUCGAGACGACAAAGAGCGACUACUGCGCCCUCGUGGCCAAGCUACGGCAGUUCCUCGAUGAGAAGGCGAGCGACAUCGACUUCGUCCGGCUCGAGCCCUUCCGACUGGUGCGCCUGGGUCCGGCCACGAACAACGACACCGAGAUGUUUGUGAAGGAGGCCCUCAGUACCGAGGCCGAGGCCGAGGCCGAAGCUGAGGAAGCUGCUGGUGCAGGAGCGCCGCCUGCGUCGGUCACGUUCAAGUGCGUCUACACCCGCAAGUUCGCGCUGGCAUUCAAGUACUACUUCCACCAGGAGAUCAACGAGAUGGACAGAACCUAUGUCGACGCCGAGGGUCGAUUUCACACCAUGUCUGAAGAGGAACUCUGGCGCGCCUGGAACUGA